CUGCCUGGUAAGCCUGCCGGUGCCAUGGCCAGUGCUACCUCUUUAGCCCCCAGCCAGGACAAGCAGAAGAGUCCCGCCGCCGUUCCUAAAAGCAAAGCCCGGGGAAAGAAGGGAAAGGGGAAGGGAAAAGCAAAGGCUGAACCUCCAGAGGAAACAGAUCCAAGGAAAUUGGAGAUCAUUCGCUGGGUGAACUCUCUGGAGCAGUCCAUGAUGGAUGCUCUAGUGCUGGACAGAGUGGACUUUGUCAAACUGCUCAUUGAGAAUGGGGUCAAUAUUCACCACUUUGUCACAAUUCCCAGACUGGAGGAGUUAUACAACACGAAACUUGGCCCUAUUAAUUCUCUCAAUGGUGUGGUAAGGGACAUCAAAAAGGGAAACCUUCCUCCAGAUUAUCAGGUCACUUUGAUCGAUAUUGGUCUGGUGCUGGAGUGCUUUAUGGGCGGAGCUUACAGGAGCAAUUACACCAGGAAGGCCUUCCGCAACCUCUACAAUAAUUUGUAUGGACUUAAAAGGCCCAAGGCUCUAAAGCUUCUAGGAAUGGAGGAUGAUGAACCAAGGGGAAAGGGCAAGAAAAAGGGAAAAAAGAAGAAAGAGGAAGAGGUGGAAAUUGAUGUGGAUGAUCCAGAGAUGUGUCGAUUCAAGUUCCCCUUUCAUGAGCUGAUGCUGUGGGCGGUGCUGAUGAAGCGCCAGAAGAUGGCGCUGUUUCUAUGGCAGCGUGGAGAAGAAGCUAUGGCCAAAGCCCUGGUGGCCUGUAAACUGUAUAAAGCCAUGGCCCAUGAGUGCUCUGAGAGUGAACUGGUGGAUGACAUAUCCCAAGACCUGGAGAACAACUCCAAAGAAUUUGGCCAGCUGGCCUACGAACUGUUGGACCAGUCCUACAAGCAUGACGAACAGGUGGCCAUGAAACUCUUAACAUAUGAGCUGGUUAACUGGAGUAACUCCACCUGUCUAAAGUUGGCUGUCGCUGCUAAGCAACGUGAUUUCAUUGCCCACACCUGCUGCCAGAUGUUGCUCACAGACAUGUGGAUGGGAUGCUUAAGGAUGGGCAAAAACCCCGGCCUCAAGGUUAUUCUUGGAAUCGUCUUUCCUCCUUUGAUUCUACUGCUGGACUUCCGUCUUGCAGAAGAUGCAUCCUAUAAUGCACCUGGCCAAGAACAGGGAAAAGACAAAGAUGACGACGCAAAAUCCAGCAAGGACGGUAAUGAUGCAAUUUCCCGAAAGGGGGAUGAAGAAGAGGGCACCACUCAUGUCCGUAAAAUCCCAAUAGCAACUAGGUUCUUUGAGUUUUAUAAUGCGCCAUUCACCAAAUUCUGGUUCAACACUAUUUGCUAUCUGGGCUAUUUGAUGUUGUACAACUACAUAAUCCUGGUGAAAAUGGAGCGAUGGCCAUCCCUACAAGAGUGGACUGUCAUCGCAUACAUCCUCACACUUGGCUCUGAAAAAAUCAGACAGAUUCUGAUGUCCGAGCCGGGGAAGCUGAAACAGAAGAUAAGUGUGUGGCUGGAGGAGUACUGGAACAUCACAGACCUGGCUGCCAUUUGCACCUUCCUUCUUGCAUUAAUGCUACGGCUGCAGAAUGAACCUUACCUGGGCUACGGCAGAGUCAUCUACUGCAUAGACAUCAUCUUCUGGUACAUUCGUGUUCUGGACAUCUUUGGAGUCAAUAAAUACCUCGGACCCUAUGUGAUGAUGAUAGGAAAGAUGAUGAUCGAUAUGAUGUACUUUGUGGUGAUCAUGCUGGUGGUGCUUAUGAGUUUCGGAGUGGCUAGGCAAGCCAUCCUUCAUCCUGAUGAGGAACCCACAUGGCGGCUGGCCAGAAACAUCUUCUACAUGCCCUACUGGAUGAUAUACGGGGAGGUUUUUGCGGAUUCGAUAGACCGUAAGACUAGAAUUCAUAUCUACGCAAUGGAAAUCAACCCUCCAUGUGGUGAUCAUCUAUAUGACGAGGAUGGGAAGAAACUACCUCCAUGUAUCCCUGGUGCAUGGCUCACCCCGGCCAUUAUGGCCUGUUAUCUUCUGGUGGCAAACAUUCUUCUGGUCAACUUGCUCAUUGCAGUGUUCAACAACACUUUCUGUGAAAUCAAGUCAAUUUCCAACCAAGUGUGGAAGUUUCAGAGAUAUCAGCUGAUCAUGACGUUCCACGACCGUCCCAUCAUGCCGCCGCCACUCAUCAUCUUCAGCCACCUCUACAUCCUCUUCAACAGGCUGUUUAGGCGGUGUGUUAAGAAGAAACAAGAGGGAGAGCUGGAUGAGAAGGACCGCGGACUCAAGCUUAGGCUGAAUCCAGAGGAGCUAAAAUGUCUGUAUGAGUUUGAAGAACAGUGUGUGGAGGAAUAUUUCCGUGAGAAAGAGGACGAGCAACAGUCCUCAACUGAUGAACGCAUCAAGGUUACUUCAGAAAGAGUUGAAAAUAUGUCUAUGCGUCUGGAGGAGGUAAACGAGAGGGAGAACAACAUGAAGGCCUCUCUGCAGACUGUGGAUCUGCGCUUGGCACAGCUGGAGGAGAUCCACGGACGGAUGGCAGUCGCACUGGAAAAGCUUGCAGGGGUAGACAGACUGGAGCUGACCAGAACCUACUCACGAAACUCCUCUGUGUGUGACCCCUCCUCCCUACUUCGCCAGAGCAGUAUUAACAGCGCUGAUGGUUACAGUCUUUACCGCUUCCACAUGGACUUGGAGGACUUGGCAGCAAAGCAGAAAAUAGACGAGGGAAUUAAAACUAGUGUAGAAAGAGAAAAGAGUUUCCGGCAAGCAUCCAGUAGAUGUUCUCCUAACGAAAAUGACGGUGGUCAGACGUUAGAGGUUGCUGGUUUGGAGAGAUCAGGUGUGGAAAUUCUCAUUUCUCCUUGUAAACAAAAGCCUCUUUCUGCAGCAUCAAGUCAUGAGAUCUUAUCCAAUAUAAGACAAGGAAAAACAGUGCUAGAUAGCCUUAUGCCUUCUUCCCCGCCAACAAGGACCAAAUCUUUGCGAUAUUAUCCAGUCGAAGACCAAGGCACCGCUCCUUUGACAAAGAAGAGGUCUAUGAGCACAAUCAUUGUCAGCCCGCCUGAUGAACCCGUGGAAGCAGAGGAACCCACGAAGAACCCCGAACUGCCGCCAAGGACAUCCUCUUCACCAAAGAGGACAACAUCUUUAAGAUACUAUCCAGUCGAAGACCAAGCCACCUCACCUGUAACAAAGAUGAGGUCUAUGAGCACCAUCAUUAUCAGCCCGCCGGAUGAACCCGUGAAAGCAGAGGAACCCAUGAAGAAGCCCGAACUGCCGCCAAGAACAUCCUCUUCACCAAAGAGGACAAAAUCUUUGAGAUAUAUCCCUUCUGAAAUCGAAAAACAGACAGACCCUAUCACAAAGAAGAGAGCCAUGAGCAGCAUUGUCUAUAACCCAGAGGAUGCUAGUGAUGACACCGCCGGCUACAGAUCAGUAGUGGAGCAGGUCACUCAAGCACCAGAUCGGUGGCCACAAAACUUGGAGUACCAGCUGCACCCUAGCACAAUUGGACACAUGCCUAGAGUUUCAACAGUGAGAACAAUCGCCCAGCAGUUUAACAGUGGCACUGCACCUACAGAGCCUAAAAAAGAGGAGAUUCAGACAGAUCAUGUUCCUUUAGAAAGUGAGGGAGCUCUUCCAGCAGCAGAACCCAUCACAGACAAAACUAAGAUGAGGGCCAAGAGAAUCCUCUCAGACACUACAGAGUAUCUGACUGUAGCUGAAGCAAAGAAUUUGCCGUCUCACAGGUCACAGAGCUUUAAUCUGAACGAGAGGAGUGCAAAAGUGGUGGACAAGGAGCCAAAAGCCUCCAGCAGCGAGAAAGACAUCUUACAAGCCUGCAGGGUGGGGGGAGAGGAAGGCAGGAGGAUGGAGGCAGAGAAAAAAGAAGAUGAUGUACAGGAAAAUAAAUAAUGGACACAAAAAGGAGAGAUUAAAAACAGAAUGGGGAAUAAAAAUAAGGAAGUUAUACACUGAGUUAUAGAUUUCCCAAAAAACAAAAUGAAAGUAAAGAAAAUGUUACCAAACCCUCCAACAUUUUCAAUUAUGCAGUUAAUGUAAGUUGAAAGUAGUAUUAGUAUAGUAAAGUAAAAAAAUCAACAAAGCUCUUUCAAAGAUCCACUUACUUUACUGACUUCCAUUAGUGUAAUGUACAAUAGCUUACAACCCUUUACAUUACAGCUUUAACCAGUCAUUGUGUUUCCAUAUUUGAUGUCUACACUUCCGGGUGAAAAUAAAUCAAGUUAGUUGUGCUGACAUAAUGACCCAAUGUGAACAUCAAAAACAUGUGGAUCCAUGUGGAAGUAUGAUUGACACUUUAAAUAUGGUCUGUAAACAUUUUCUUUCCAGAUACUGUAAAAUGUGCUUAAUAAUGAUCCACUCAGAUGAAUCCCUAUAGCUUUCAUGCAAAUACUGACGGUGGCAUAACAAUAUGUAGGUACAUCUUCCAAGAAACAAACACCCUUUCAGUUUCAUUUUGACACCAAAAACCUGUAUACAUAAAGGUUUCCUUAAAAGACAGACAGUUAUAUUUAUAAACAACUUUGUCUUUUCUAUCACAAUACUGUGACUCCUUCAAGGCGCAUAUGAACAAAUAGAAAUGAUGUCAGUCCAACAGGAGAAUAUAGGCAUGUUUGAAUACAUACAUUUACACAGACAAAUACAAUCAAUGCUCAGACUCAAUAUGUCUAUCUGACAGCAUCAUCAUAGUAAAUAUGACAAUAGGUAGUAUGUAUAAAACAAUGCUACGAGUUAAGAAAGAUUCAGAUUUUUUUUCUUUUUUACUCCCAUUUAUAAGACAACUAUGCAGAACUUUAUUCUAUUUAAUAAAGUAUUUUUCAAUGACAUCCAACAGAGGCAUUAUAAAAGCCAACAGAGUCAUUGCCUCCUGUGAGCAGACACUUCAUGGCCAGCUACGAACUAAUGCUGACAAUCACGCACUAGUCUUCUGCAUGAGCGGAUAAACAGUUUCAGGCCUCAUUCCUUGUUGAUCCUCUUCUGGUCAGGAGCAGAUCAGGAUGGGAUCUCAACAUCAUGAACCUGUGAGCUUCAGCUGGAAGUAAGGCCCUCUGAAUAUUACCAAUGAUGCCGCUGCUGCCGCCCGGGAGGCAGAAGCCCUCCAAGAACAGAAAAGUCAUGCAAGAGCCGAGAAUCCUAGAGGAGUGAACACUUAAAUAAUUUUAUCCUCUUCGACUUUUUCUCUGUGAUCUUGACUGGCUUGCCAGAUCCUCCGGCAUUGUUGUCAGUCUAGCAAGGAGAGAUAUGAAAGUGGAGAAAUAAAGUAAGGCUGAGCACCGACCAGAGGCAUACGUUUAUUUAUGGCAUUUAUAUUCAUUUCAAUCAAGCAAAUCAACAUUUUUAUGAGUAAUACGAAUAGUAAUGUGAAGUACCUAAUGUAAAUACAAAUAUUUGGUAUUAUUUAAUAAAGGGCUGAUGCUUUAUGAUAAAUCUGCCGCUUGUUUGACUGAUUUUCUAUUGUUUGCAUAUUUUUAGGCGAAUAUUGACUAUAAACAAAAUAAAUUCAAUAUGUUUCCCCAAAAAUAAUUGCAGCAGUUGUCUUCUCCAGCUGCAGUUUUAAAAAUCCACCUCAAAAUAGCUGAGGGGAGUGGUCUCUUUGUGGCCUAGGAGGCAAAAUAGAAGGUCUAAAAGAAUUGCUACUGCUUGCAAAGCUUAAUGCUUAUAUCACAUUUUAAAGUAAGGGGAAUAUGUGCCUCCCAUCCCCAGUGGACUUUACACCCUUUGCACCUAUUAUAAGAAUCUCUUAAUCACUUACUGUCUUUGAGCUCAGGUUAUGUAAUAUGUCUCUUCCCAUGCUAUAAAAAGCCUAGAAUGACAAAACAGAAAAACGUACAUGAGUAUUUUCAUUUGUAUUAUGUUGUGCUUUCAGGGUUAAAACAUGUUUCUUACCUCUUCUACAUUCAGGCCAGACUUUGCACUGGUUUCCAAGAACUUAACUCCAUAAUCAAUAGCAAGCUAAAAGAAACAAACACACCAUGUAAGGGUCACUCAAGAAUGCACAUCAUUUUAACUUGCUCAAGGCUGCUUGUUAGUUCAAGAGAGACUUACUUUUUCACCUCUGUCUUUGGACACCUGUCUCCUGUCAGACAUGUCACAUUUGUUACCCAGGAUCAUCUUCUCCACAUCAGACGAGGCAUGCUGGAAGAAAUCAAAACACCCAUUUGGCAAAGUUGUACAUAUGUCUUGCAACAAAAUGUUAAUGUCAUAAAGUAUUCUCUACCAAAUAUAAAAUCAUGUUAUGUUAUUUGUUUUGGAUUCUAUACGAGUUGUGAUUCUGAGCUCACCUCUUCAAUAUUUCUAAUCCAGUUUUUUAUGUUUUCAAAGGACUUCUCAUUGCUGAUGUCAUAAACCAACAUA